CUAAAGUCCCAUCAUUUUGCCAUCUGAAACAACACCUUCUUCUUAUAGCUCCUUCCUUUCUUCUUUCUUUCUGCAAAUUUGUUCAUAUACUACAAAUAGCAACAUCAUCACCGGUUUCAUAUUUUACAAACAUAAUGGGCUUUCCGGCCACCGUACUCCUCCUCUCCAUCAUACUUUCCGCCGCCGUCUCCACAGGUUUCGCACUCGCCGGCACCGGCAAGGUCGGUAUAUGCUACGGCCAAUUAGGAGACAACCUACCCACACCCACAAAUUCAAUCGAGCUAAUGAAAACCCUUAAAGUCAAACAAGUAAAGAUCUAUGAUGCAAAUCCAGCCAUUCUCACUGCCCUCAAAGGAUCCGACAUCGUAGUUUUGGUCAUGGUCCCUAAUCAGCUACUUGUAAACAUCUCCACCAACCAAUCACUUUCAGACGAUUGGAUUCGAUCCAACGUCGUCCCCUUUUACCCUUCAACCAAGAUCCAAUAUGUUCUCGUCGGAAAUGAAAUCCUUUCUUCCCCUGACCGACAAAUCCACCUCAGCCUUGUCCCUUCUAUGUUUCGGAUUCGCAAAUCGCUUGUGAAAUUCGGACUCCGUAAGAUUAAAGUCGCUACCCCAUCUUUCUUGGACAUUCUCGAAUCUUCUUACCCACCUUCUAAUGGAACAUUCCGUGCAGACAUCUCGAAUCAAAUCAUUAAACCCAUGCUUCAAUUUCUCAACCAGACUAAAUCCUUCUUCUUAAUCGAUGUUUACCCGUAUUUCGCUUGGGCGGCCGACCCGGUUAACAUCAAACUUGAUUACGCUCUGUUAUCUGCCAAGAACAUAACGGUUAAGGAUCCGGGUACGGGUUUAACUUACACCAAUCUGCUAGAUCAAAUGAUAGACGCAGUCUACUUCGCCAUGAAAAGAAUGGGCUACCCGAAAAUCAGGAUCUUUAUCGCGGAAACCGGCUGGCCUAAUGGAGGUGACGUUGACCAAAUAGGAGCUAAUAUUUACAAUUCCGCAACUUACAACCGGAAUGUAGUCAAGAAAUUUACGGCCAAACCGGCGAUUGGCACGCCGGCGAUGCCUGGCGCGGUCAUUCCGGCAUUAGUUUUUGCUCUGUACAACGAAAACUUGAAACCGGGUCAGGGAUCGGAGAGGCAUUUCGGGGUGUUGUAUCCGAAUGGGUCAAGUAUUUAUGGACUGGAUUUUUCGGGUAAGACAGAUGAUGCAGAGUAUGGGCCGUUGCCGGCGCCGACGAACAAUGAGGUUUAUAAGGGAAAGGUAUGGUGCGUGGUGAGGAAUGGUGGAAAGGCGAACCGAACGGAAGUAGGGGCGGCGAUGGCGUACGCUUGCGGGCAGGGAAAUGGGACCUGUGAUCCGAUCAAGCCGCGGGGAGUGUGUUACCGGCCGGAUUCGUUUAUCCGGCAAGCUAGUUAUGCUUUCAGUGCAUAUUGGGCACAGUUUAAGAAACUGGGUGGAUCUUGCUAUUUCAAUGGUCUUGCUGAACAGACUAUAAAGGAUCCAAGUUAUGGAUUGUGUAAAUUUCCCAGUGUUACUUUUUGAUUUGAUUUUGAAUCUAUGGAGAUAAAAAGAGAGUUUAUUGUUACUUCAUUUAUCUCUUUCUUUUUAUUUUUCAUGUUAUAGGAAUCAAUCUCUUUCUAGUUAAUUGUUUGUUUUCAAUCCUUUAGUUAUGUUAUUUUUGUGUACACUUUAUUGAAAUCCAAUCCAAUCCUAACUUAUUCAAUAUUUAUUAAUA